ACGGGUUGGAAAUAUAACGCUGCGGGAAAGGAACACACCGCGGAGGAGGACACAAACAGGGAAUGAGCCGUUACAGAAUUGCAGACUGACCCGCGGUCAUCACGAUUUACAUCAGCGGAUAAAUGAAGGUGCUCAUGCAUGUUGCCGCUAGGUGGAACUAGAGGAGCAUGGAACCUGACGUCGUCCGCCUGUACUCCUCCUCCCCUCCUCCGCUGGACGAGGGUGGAGAGGAGGAAGACGAGGACGAGUUUGGUGAGUUUGGAGGUUACUGCGGUGGAGUGUCCUCCAGCUUCAGCUUCUCAGAGUUUGACACGCCCACUACAUUCAGCCAGUCACAUGCAGCAGAGACCUCACCACCUGACCUGUACAUCGCAUCUGUUCAGAGCACCUCUUCGUCAGGGAAAAACACAACAUUUACAGAGGCAGAGAAGCUCACGGAGAAUCCCCAGGAAAGCUUAGCAGAGACCAGUGUUGGCAUAGGUGACUGUGGGAAUGGAGAUCCAGAGGCAUCCAGAAUUGUCAUCAAUGGUGUUCCACCCUCUGACCUCCAGGACUCCAACACAGUUCAACACAGUUUAGCUUGCAAUUCUGUCGCUCAGGACUUUGAGGACAUCAACACGGACCAGCACAGAGAUAGACUGGGCACAGAUGGAGGACACAGCAAGCGUAACAGCGAUACAGAGCAGGAGGUCCCAACAGUAACAAGCUUUAACAGCACAGAGACUGGCCUAGAGUUUUCCAUUAGUCCUAAUCCACCUUCAGCUGAUAACAUCUCCCAGGGAGAGGUAUCCGAGACUGGAGGGACUGUGGCAGAUGAGGUGCUAAGUGAAUCCCAGGAUUUCAGUACCAAUAAGGGCGGUAAGGAUCAAAGUAUUGGUGAAAGUAAGGAAAUGCAGGGAAGAGAAGUGUUGUCUGGACUUCAAGGACCUUUGGAUGAAGAAACCUUUGUUUCCUUUAGUGAUCCACCCCCUCACGGUGGGUCUGAAGACUUUGGGAAUUGCACUGAAACCUCGGUGGGGCUUGCAGCAGAGGUUGAUGAGGUGUCUAAUACGCAGCUGAGCGUGGACUUUGUGGACCAUAACGAGACUACAAGAGAUCCUGCAGGACAGUUGCCGGUAGUGGUACCUGGUGCGGAGCUAGGAGGAGAUUUUGACGUCAAUGGGACUACAGUAGACCUAACAGUGGAGUUAGCGCAUGAGGCAGAGGUAGAUAAGGUUUUACAGGAGGGUAAUGGCAGUUCAGGGGUUCCCAGGAUUGAGAUGGACGAGGACUUUGGGGAUUUCAGGGAUGCCGUUCAGGGUUUUGCAGACUUCAGCAGGACGGAAUCAGCGGGAUUCGCUGACUUUGUCACUGCGCUGUCAGGUUGCUCUACCACUGAUGACUUUGGGGAUGCAGACAGCCUGAAGGACUUGAAGGAGGAAGAGGAGCUACCUGAGGAACAACAUGAAGAGGCUAAUGAUCUUAACACUGAAGGAAUGUGGUGUUCAGAGCUCCCUCCCAGUGAUAGCUUUGCGGAUUUUAGUUCGGCUCCGCUUGGAGGUUUGACAGAGGGUGUGGGCGACAGCUGGGCUGCAUUUGAGUUGCAGGGGGAGUGCGAGGACCAGCAGGAGUCAUGGGCAGCAUUUGACGAGGGGCAGCAGAGUAGUACUGCCACAGCGCCCCCUUGUGACAGCUUCAAGAGUGACCAUGUGUCGGCUGGGUUGAGCUGCAAACUGCAGCAUCUCUUUCAGAGCACUUUUCCCUCAGAGGUCACACCUGAGGUCGCACAGGUUGAGACCCUGCAGGCCCUCCUGGAGCUUCAGGAACACAAAGAGAACAGCUGCAACCCUGUUCAGGGGGAGGCUGCAGUUUUGUGGCACCACCUGCUGGACACCCACAACGCCCACGGCCUCAAGGUCCAGUGGGUCGGCUCACAAAGCAACAGAAUUCUGCUGGACUGCCUGGGAAUCCGCAAUAUUUUGUUCACUGGUCAGAAGAGGCGACCACUGAUCGUGCCUAUGUUUGCGGCAGGCCUGGGAAUGCUUGAACCUACCAAAGAUCCUGUAAAACCUUCUCCAGCCUCUCCUGCACCUCUAACACCGUCCUCGCCAGGUCUGGGCAGGUCCACUCUAUGCACACAGCAGGUGGCGUCCUCUUUGAGCAGUGGUGAGGACGGAGUAGAUCCGGAGUUGUAUGAGCUGACCACUGCUAAACUGGAGUGCAAUAACACGAGCAGCAACAUAGCAGAUGCCUUCAAUAGACUGAUGGAUACUGCAGAGAAAACCAGCACUGUGGCCAGAAAGCCUGAGAGAGAUGGAGCGAUUAGUGAAGAGGCUGCUCGGGUCAUCUCUGUCCUCCCUGACCUUUCUUUCAUGCGGGCCAGAGUUCUGAUGUUCCCUUACACUCUGACCCCAGCUGCCAAUCAGCUUUGACCUCCAGCUACCACAAUACAGUCAUUUUCGACAGCUGCCUUAAUUAUUCAGUCACCUUUGACCUUUGCUGCUCUGUGAACCUGUACGGCAGGUUGACUUUUAUCCAGAACAAGUGACUACCAAAGAAUCGCCUCCCUGUCUGAGGCACGUCCGUCUUCAAGGGCUUUUAAUCUUUAGUAUUGUUUGCUGAACGAGUUCUGGUUGUACGCCGUCAGACUCGCCCCGCUUGAUACGAGAGCGUUUAUUCUUUAUUAAACGACAUGAAGGAAUGGGAGCUGCACAUUUUACUACUUGAAAUAUUAUUACUUUAUUAAUUAAUGUUGAAUUUUUGUGCUGUGUUUUUUGGGGUUUGCCUUAUAGUACAAACAUUCUGAGCACUCCUUUUAUUUCAGACACAUUUGAGCUACAAAGUGUCUGAAAGAUUUCAUUGUUCCUACACUCUUAAAAAAAAGAUGGUUCUUCAAGGGUUCUUUAGUAAAGAAAAAUGUUCUAUAUAGAACCAUGAACACUCUGUGAACACUUUGCAUGAUUAAAUGGUCCUUUAAUGAUUAAAGGGUCCUGGAGAAUGUUGCUGUAGAUGGUUCUGUAUAGAACCUUUUUUAAAAGGGUUCUGUUUUCGAGUUCGAUCCCUGGUGAUGCUACUGCCAUCCGUAGCCGGGAGUCCGAGAGAGCACAAUUGGC